AUGGGGAGGUCUCCUUGUUGUGAUAAGCUGAAUAUCAAAAGGGGAAUUUGGACUGCUGAGGAAGAUGCAAAGAUACUUUCAUAUGUGUCAAAACAUGGAGCUCGAAACUGGACAUCUGUUCCCAAAAAAGCAGGACUUAGCAGAUGCGGAAAGAGUUGCAGACUUAGGUGGACUAAUUAUCUCAGGCCAGAUCUUAAAAAAAAAACCUUCACACUCCAAGAAGAGGAGUUGAUCGUUAGGCUUCAUGCAGCCAUCGGUAGCAGGUGGUCGGUCAUAGCCCAACAACUUCCGGGGAGAACAGACAAUGAUGUGAAGAAUUACUGGAACACGAAGGUCAGAAAGAAGCUCUCUCAAAUGGGGAUAGAUCCUGUCACGCAUAAACCUUUCUCUCAAAUUCUGGCUGAUUAUGGAAACAUUGGUGGACUCACAAAAUCUGGAAACCGAAUUGGGUCUCUCAAUAGAGAUAUGAAAAAUGCAUUCAUGUCAAAAUCUGAACAAUAACAAACACCACAACCUCAAGCGUUUUCAAGCAUUAACACUAGUCAUUUGAUGACAACAAGGAUACCACCAAAAGUGGAGCCAAUAGCAGAAGAAUAUCACAACCAUAAAAGUAUCACAUCCCAGUUCUUAAAUGAAGGCACAUUGUCAUCACCAUCUUCUUCAUCCUCAACUUGUUCCCCAGCGGCACAGGAUAAGAAGUCACAAGAUUUUAGUUGGCAAGAUUUUCUUCUUGAAGAUGCACUUUUAUCUGCAAAUCGACAAGUACAAGACAGCACACUGGAGUUUUCAUCGAAGGACUUCCCUAAUAACUCUCAUAAUGUGACACCACGAAGUCAGAUCAACAAUGAGAAUAAUAUACAAAUCAAUAAUGG